AUGGCUUUACCUCCAUCCCAGAGACUAGCGGUCAGAGCUGCACCCAUCCACCCAGACAGCCCACCCAACGAGCCCAGACUCAGAUCCCUGACCGGGCAAGAGCACCCGCCACCCUCUAAGCAACAAACCAAUGGUGGAGGAUGGAGGACAGUGAAGCCCCCUCCUGCCUCUCCACAGCCAAUCAGGAUCCACACCUGGAUUCCAAGAGAGAACGACAACCUAUCAGACGCAGAGAAAGACAGACUGAAGUCAGCAGUGGCCGAGGCUGUGAGGGUGGUGUCUUCUUUACUAUCAGUGAACAGAGUACUGGGUCCUCUGCUGCUCAGCAGAGACGUCAACAAAUACUGCAAGUUUAUCUGGAGCAAUUCAAGAAACACCAACUACAACAGGUGUGGUCGAGCCAACAACAACUACAGGAGUGAGACCUGUCUGGAUGUGACGAUCCCAGAUGAUCACCUGGUUGGAUGUGACAUUUACCCAGAGCCAGAUUCACCUCGUAGGACUGUUCUCAGACCUGAAGGUGCUGGACUCCCUGACACUGACUUCCUGCUGUACCUCCACACACAGUCCACUGACAAGUGCAGAGCAGAGCCUGAUGUGUUUGCCUACGCUGUCCACUGCCAGACAGACACCCAUGGGCGACCUGUGGCUGGGGUGGUGGUCAUCUGCAGACUGACAGAAUCCACGUACAACCACCAGGCUACAGUACAGACUGUGAUCCAUGAGCUGUUUCAUGCACUUGGUUUCUCUAAAGAUCUCUUCCACACCUGGAGAGAUUGUUCCUCCUCUUCUCAAGUGGGUGCUGGAUGUUCACCUCGGGGGAAAGUGAUUCACUCUGAUGGAUCGGGCCAGAUGAGGAUUUACACCCCGUCUGUCAUCUCAGCUCUGCAGAGGCACUUGGCAUCAACUGACCCUGAGCUCGGAGGGCCGCUGGAGAACCUGGAUGUACAUCCAGGUAGAGUGUCCUCUCACUGGGAGUCCCGGGUCCUGCGGGGGUCCAUCAUGGCAGCGGUGCUGGAGGACUCCACCACAGUCCGGAUCGACCCAAUCACUUUAGCUGCGUUACAAGACACAGGCUGGUACACUGUCAACCUGAGCCGGGCACAGAGUCUGGUCUGGGGUGGGGUGAGUGAAUGCUCAAGGCAGACAGCUGGAGACGAUUGGAGUGGGGAGAUUUUGGGCCUCGACAGCCGUUGCUUCUUCUCCAACCUGACCACACAGGUGUGUGUGCAUGUAUGA